UAGUCACUCUAAACCCUAGGCCACAUCUGGGCCAUCGAAGCAGCCCCUGCUCACUUCAGGGGCACCCACUGCCCACUGCUCACCAUGGCCGGGGACCGGCUCCCCAGGAAGGUGAUGGAUGCCAGGAAGCUGGCCAGCCUGCUGCGGGGCGGGCCUGGGGGGCCGCUGGUCAUCGACAGCCGCUCCUUUGUGGAGUACAACCGUUGGCACGUGCUCAGCUCCGUGAACAUCUGCUGCUCCAAGCUGGUGAAGCGGCGGCUGCAGCAGGGCAAGGUGACCAUCGCAGAGCUCAUCCAACCCACCGCUCGCGGCCAGGUGGAGGCCGAGGAGCCGCAGCAUGUGGUCGUCUAUGACCAGAGCACCCGGGACGCCAGCGUGCUGGCCGCAGACAGCUUCCUCUCCAUCCUGCUCAGUAAGCUGGACGGCUGCUUUGACAGCGUGGCCAUCCUCACAGGGGGCUUUGCCACUUUCUCCUCCUGCUUCCCCGGCCUCUGUGAGGGCAAGCCUGCCGCCCUGCUGCCCGUGAGCCUCUCCCAGCCCUGCCUGCCCGUGCCCAGCGUGGGCCUGACCCGCAUCCUGCCUCACCUGUACCUGGGCUCUCAGAAGGAUGUCCUGAACAAGGACCUGAUGACCCGCAACGGAAUAAGCUACGUCCUCAACGCCAGCAACUCCUGCCCCAAGCCCGACUUCAUCUGCGAGAGCCGCUUCAUGCGCAUCCCCAUCAACGACAACUACUGUGAAAAGCUGCUGCCCUGGCUGGACAAGUCCAUCGAGUUCAUCGAUAAAGCCAAGCUGUCCAGCUGCCAAGUCAUUGUCCACUGUCUGGCUGGCAUCUCCCGCUCUGCCACUAUCGCCAUCGCCUACAUCAUGAAGACCAUGGGCAUGUCCUCGGACGACGCCUACAGGUUUGUGAAGGACCGGCGCCCGUCCAUUUCGCCCAACUUCAACUUCCUGGGCCAGCUGCUGGAGUAUGAGCGAAGCCUGAAGCUGCUGGCCGCCCUGCAUGGCGAGGGGGCGCCCCUCCCGGGGACGCCCGAGCACCUCCCGGGCCCCGCGGCCCCACUGCCGCCACUGCCACCACCUACCUCAGAGAGCGCUGCCACCGGGAGCGCAGCGGCCAACUCAGCCAGGGAGGGCAAGCCGAGCGCGGGCAGGGAGCCCCCGUCGCCCGCCCCGGCCCCGGCCACCAGCGCCCUGCAGCAGGGCCUGCACGGCCUGCACCUCUCCUCCGACCGCCUCCAGGACACCAACCGCCUCAAGCGCUCCUUCUCGCUGGACAUCAAGUCGGCCUACGCCCCCAGCCGGCGGCCGGAGGACCCCGGGCCCCCUGACCCCGGGGAGGCCCCCAAGCUCUGCAAGCUGGACAGCCCGUCAGGGGCCGCACUAGGCCUGCCCUCGCCCAGCCCCGACAGCCCAGAUGCAGCGCCCGAGGCGCGUCCGCGGCCCCGCCGGCGGCUCCGGCCUCCAGCAGGCUCCCCAGCGCGCUCCCCAGCGCAUGGCCUCGGCCUAAACUUCGGGGACUCCGCCCGGCAGACUCCACGGCAUGGCCUCUCUGCCCUGUCGGCGCCCGGGCUCCCUGGCCCAGGCCAGCCGUCCAGCCCCGGGGGCUGGGCACCUCCCCUGGACUCCCCCGGCACACCGUCGCCCGAUGGGCUCUGGUGCUUCAGCCCCGAGGGCGCACAGGGCGUUCGGUUUGCGCCCCUCGGCCUGGGAGGCGCGCAGGGCAACGGUGGUGGCGACUUGCGGCGCAGGGAGGCGGCCAGAGCCGAGUCCCGGGACCCGCGGACCAGCUGGCCCGACGAGCCAGCCCCAGAGACGCAGUUUAAGCGUCGAAGCUGCCAGAUGGAGUUCGAGGAGGGCAUGGUGGAGGGGCGUGCCCGCGGCGAGGAGCUGGCCGCCCUGGGCAAGCAGGCCAGCUUCUCGGGCAGCGUGGAGGUCAUCGAGGUGUCCUGACGGCGGCCAGGAACGGCCCCUCCGUGGGGACCCAGCGCCCCCGAGCCCUCCGCUGCCCUCGGCUGGGCCGCCAGCAGCCGGGCCCACUAUAAAUAUAUAUUAUAUAUAAUGCAAAGAAAGGUAAAUGGUUUUACUGCGAUUUUUAUCGAGAAGUAAAUAUUUCGAUUUUUUAUUUAUUGAAGCUGUUCAUUCUGGCAAUGACUUGGCAACCGCGAGGGUGGUCCUCCGAGCUCUAUUUUUAGUCUGGUAUUUAAACUGAGACACGUUUUUAAGCAAUACGAGGCCACCUUCAGGCGCAAGCUGGGGUGCCGGGCCUGGGGGGGUCCCCUCCCCGCCACCCCCAUCCCUGAGGAAACACUGCUGACCAUUGCAAAGAGGCUGCCGAGCUUUCAUGCACUUUUUACUUAAGAAAAUGGGGGAAAAAGAAAAAAAAAAAAACUUUGCCACACACUGAGCCGC